AUGGCUAUAUGGCCAUUUGGCCGUCGGAACAAGCGGCACACGAUCCAGGUCAGCCCGGAGGACGUCGACACGCUUCAGGCGUCCUUCGUGGAGCCUACGCUGGUCCGCAAAUCUUCCCGUCGGUCUCCCAAGCGUCACAGCAACCGUGCGUCGCAUAGCGGUGACGGUGCAUCGAGCCCUCGUGGUGUGUCGCGCUCCAUAUCCCAACGCGCCGUUUCCUCCCACGAAUCUUCCCACGAGCCCGCCGCGCAAAUCGAGCCCAUGCAUAACACCGAGCCCCGCCCUCGACGACCACUGUCGGAAGUCGAAUCGUUAUUCAGAAACCAACCUCAAAAUGGACCCAAGAAACUUAGACGCCGACUCAGCAAGCGCAAAGCGCAUGAAAUCAUGCGCGAACGAGAGAUCAAAGCUCUGUCAUCGACGCCGAUCGAUAUUCCCUACGGAUUUGAUCACCCACGUCGACGAACCGGCCGACGCGUCGACCGCUACCAUUCUGAUAUCAGCUUAUCGAACCGAGACUCAAUCGCUUCCUCCCUGUCCGAUUCUUCCGAUAACUAUACGUUUAAGGUGAAUGGUUUUGCCCAGCUAACCCCUCGACCCGUGGUUCGGUACGUGGAAGCCCGGCCCCCGGCCGUCAGAAGCAACACCGCCCUUCCUGCCGGCCAAAUAAACAAAGAGAAACUCCAGAGCCACCCCGCGUCGCAGGAAGACCUGUACUUCUCCAAGCGACGCAUCAACGAGCUCGCCGAUUCCUUGGAUGCAAGCUCUCUACGCGAGUUGAUGGAGCGGGAUCGCCGACGUCGCGAAAAGCAACAACUUCUCGAGCAAGAGAAGCUGCGGCGCAAGUUACAAGACCGAGCAGAUGCGCAACGAGCCGAGGAGGCACGCCGAGCGGCCGAAGAAGCCCAGAAGGCAGCGGGUGAGCAGAAUGAUGUUGAGCCCACGGGGGACGACGUCAUUAUGGAACGUGAGGAGGAGCACAUGGAGCAGAACGUGGAGGAACCACCGGCCCCGUCAGCCGGCGAAGCACGAGAUGACUCCAAACAGACGGAUGGCGUCGACUCUAUGGAGGAAAGCGCUCGUGUUAUCGGCAACAUUGACGAUAGCUCCCUUCGUGCGCCUCAACUCCACAGCCAGCCAAGCUUCGCGCCUUCGCAGGAUAUGGCUACCUCACGUACCACCCUCUCGCCAACUCACUCUCUCCGCCAUGGAAUCAGUAGUCCUAGCCAUUCUCAAACAUUCGGAAUGGGCUCCGUCUCUGACCUCUCCGAGCGCCGUCCGUCCGACACCAGCGGUCGUCGCGCGAACGGAAAUACCAUUACCUCCCUUUUCCGCCGCGGCUCAUCCCGGCUCAAGAAACGAUACCGUGAGCGUUUCCACGACUCUAGCCCGGAGCCCUCCACCAAAAAUCCCUCGCAUGAAUCCUUCUGCCGCAUACAAACACAAUCUUCACCCCCUCCCACUGCCUCGAUCAUCCCGCCACGAGCCUUCAUCCCAACCGGAACGUUGAAGCGUUCGCGUUCCAAAUUCACCGAACACUUUGGCGAUGAACCCAUGUCGCCUCCCGACUCGCGUCUGCAGUCGCCAGAUAUCCCCGAAGAGGUCCCCGAGUCGUCCUUAGAGCAGGAACAGCCGAGCACCUUCCUGCACGGCCCAACACCGACCACCAGUGUUGACAUCACUAGCCCCCGUCAUCGGCGCCAUCAAUCUUGGACCGAAAGCGUCGAUGCCGAAUCAGACCACGUUCCUCUGUCACAAUCUCUCGCCUCUAUUGAUUCGGAAGGAUCCUGGAUGUCUGGCCAGUUCUUCCGUCGCAUGAACAAGACCAGCAGCCCGGUCCGAACCACCAUGGAUUCAUUUGCAUCUGCCGAGGGUGCUGUUGGAUCCGUCGACGGAAGCCGUCACUCGAUCGAUUCCCAUGCUACUGGUAGCCAUGGUCCUGAAGAGACCGAGCAAGAGAAGGAGAAUGAUGAGAGAUGGCAUCACGACGUGGGUCGCCGUCCCGUCCUCGUCACCCCCACAUCUCGCCCAAAAUCCGGCCACGCUAUACCGAAGACCGUUCCCUCUCUCUCUCCCAUCUCUGCCGAGGACGACACUAUCUCCGAGGAGGAUGGACCUCGUUCUGAUGAAGCGUCGUCUCCUCAGCCCCAGCGAGUGGCUAGUAUGCAUGGUGUCAUUGACCAUGUCUAG